GGGAUUUCUCUUACUGAAGGGUGGGGCUCUAUUGAGAACUGCCUCCAGUGGUGGGACAGAGACAGUUUUGUCUGUAAACUGUCGUUGCCGCUUUACCCAGCAUCUGUCAGCUCGGUGAACAGGUUCAUCCAUCAAAAAUAGAUAUUACACUCGGUUUAAGAAUAUCUCUGUACGGUAAUGUGCUUUUGAUAACCGGUGGCGUGGCGCGUGAGAGUUAAUAGUGGGCUGCCUCUAAAAGUUCUCUCAAGUUGUUCAGACUGGGGAAGAGAUAUAAUGGUUCCUGAAAGAGACGAGCUUCAAUGAAAUAAUGGUUUCGUUCCUCAGUAGUAGGUGGUGGAGAUGGAAGUUCCUGAAGAUUCUCCCAGUUAUCCUGCUGCUGAUGUGCCUUCCGACCUCAGUAGCACCGAGCUGCCAGACUAGCGUCAGCUGCAAUGUGGUGCUCACCGACUCCCAGGGCUCUUUCACCUCCCCCUGCUACCCCUCUGACUACCCAUCAAGUCAGGCCUGCAAGUGGACCAUACAGGCCCCAGCUGGCUUUAUAGUGCAAAUCACCUUCCUAGAUUUUGAGCUUGAGGAAGCGCACGGCUGCAUCUAUGACCGCAUCGUCGUCAGCACUGGCACAAGUGAUGUCAAAUUUUGCGGCUUAACAGCCAAUGGACUAACUCUCAACUCCACUGGCAAUGUGAUGGAGGUUUCCUUUAUUUCAGACUUUAGUGUCCAAAAGAAAGGCUUCCAUAUCAGUUACAAGCAAGUAGCAGUGGCACUGAGGAACCAGAAGGUCACUAUUCCAAAGAUCAGCAAGAAUGUAGUGAGAGUGGUCAAUUCAGUCAAAUUCCCUGCACUUACUGCGUUUACCGUUUGCUUUGAGAUCGCCCGCACUGCCACAAAGAGCACCGAGACCAUCUUUACCUACACUGAUGCAGCUGGGAUAUCCGUUUUAGCAUUUGAGAAGACAGUGAGAGGUAUGGAGCUGUUCAUAGGCAGUUCCUACUGCUCUGUAAAUAACCUGAUCACCAGCUCAGACAUCAGCUCCAGCAUGAAGCCCAUCUGCCUCACCUGGACCAAGUCCUCUGGGCUUGUGGCAGUGUAUUUUGAAGGCCGCUAUCAAACCAACACCUGCUCAGCCUCUCAGGUUUACACCAUACAGAGUGAAGGACUCUUCCAGCUCGGAGGAAAAGGGUCAAGUUCGGUCAGUGUGGAUGACCAGAACUUGGAUGGUUUCAUGUACAAUUUCCGAUUGUGGGAUCAUGCCAUGGCCUACACUGAGCUGUCUGCCCUCACCUGUGAUGUAGAGGGCAACGUCAUCGACUGGGAUCAUGGCUUCUGGACCAUCCCAAGCACUUACACACAGACUGACAGCACACUCAGCUGCAUCUGUUACCCAAAUUGCAUACAUUUAACAACAGCUUCAACUAGUGGCACUGCCAUACCAACUCUUGCCACGGGAACCCCAGGUUGUACUUACCCUGGACUGGGCUGCCCAGCUUUUUCUACUAUUCUUUCAUACACAUCUACUCCUAGCAUGCCUCUAACCACAGUUUCUGUGCAACUCACAACAGUUAGGCCUAACACAACAACCACAACUACUGUACAAACUACAUCACCCUUAACCCUCUCUAACCUGCCAUCCAACAACCCUGCUGCUGCUACUAACCCAUCUCUGUCCAACAGCAAAACAAAUGAGGGAAUUUUCUACAAGAUUUCCCUUGGGAUAAAUGAUGAACUAGCAAACACCCCAGAAAGUGAUGUUGAGACAGCGAUAGCUCAAUGGCUCAAUCAAACCUUUCAGAACUGGAUCUACAGAGUUUAUGUUGAUAAUGUCAGGGUUGGACCUAAUACUGCUCUCUCAAGGGCCACAACUAUCCGAUAUACCUGCAUGGCCUUGCUGGUGUAUAUGAAAACCACUGAUGCAGUUCUAGCAGAGGCAGAGAUUGAGAACAGGCUGAGAAGUGCCACUGCCAUUGGAAAUGGUUUGAUAUUGGACAGCGUGACAGUAAACUCAAUGGAGAACUGCCAGCCAGAGCAGGUACCAUUCCACUACAAAUGGCCGGAGAGCAGACCCACAGUCACCCAGUAUGUCCCCUGUUUCCCUUACAAAGAGCAAAAUGCAUCCAGAACAUGCAUGAUUAGCCCAGAUAAUUAUACAUCAUUUUGGGCUUCCCCAGACCUCAGAAACUGCACUGAUAUAGAGGACAUUCCAGUUUCACAAGAGAAUGCAAUAGAAGUGGCUGUGCAGCUUGCUGAUAUCACCAGUAAUGAGCUUUCUACGGAGGAGGUGACGAAGGUUGUCUCCAAGGUGAAGGAGCUGGUGAAUGUAGCCAAAAUCAAUGCCACUCUGGCCACCACUGUGGUCACUAUCAUCUCCAAUGUGAUGAUCAGCUCAGAUGAUGCUCAACUGGCUGCCUCCGAGACAGCGCUCAAAACAGUGGAUGAACUGGUGCACAAGAUUGAGUUUGAUGGACCCUCUGUGACCAUCACAUCUAAAUACCUGGCUGUGGGUAUCUCUGCCCUCAACACCAGCAAUUUCAACGGGACCACUUUUAGUGCAUUUAUAGUCACCAAUACGACAGACCCUCAGAUUGAUUUUGAGUCAGAGGCCCAGAACGCUUUGGCUGUGGUCACACUACCUCCCACUCUGUUACACAACCUGAGUAAUACACAAAUGGAAAGAGUGUCCAGAAUAAACUUCAUGUUCUUUAGCAAGACAGGACUCUUUCAGUACUUUGGAUCAUUUAUGGAUCAAAAAAGUAAUGACCUGUCCUUAAACAGCUAUGUGGUGGCUAGUAGUGUGGGCAAUUUCAGCAUUAAAAACUUACAGGAUCCAGUCAAGAUAGAGAUCGCCCAUUUGGAGUACCAGAGAGAUCCAAAGCCUGUUUGUGUGUUUUGGGAUUUCAACCUCCGAAAUGGCACAGGGGGCUGGAGCAGUGAAGGCUGUGAGGUCAGUCUUGAGUCCAACAGCAACAGGACUGUCUGCUUGUGUAACCACCUCACACACUUUGGCAUUCUAAUGGACAUCUCUGGAGCUGCUGCACAGAUUGAUGAGAAGAAUAACAGGGUUCUCACCUUCAUUUCCUACAUCGGCUGUGGCAUCUCAGCCAUUUUUUCAGCCGCAACGCUGCUCACGUACAUCGCUUUUGAGAAACUGCGGCGAGACUAUCCCUCCAAGAUCCUGAUGAAUCUCAGCACUUCAUUGCUUUUCCUCAAUAUGGUGUUUCUCCUGGAUGGCUGGUUGGCCUCAUAUGAAAUGGAGGGACUGUGUGUGACAGUGGCUGUCUUUUUGCACUUUUUCCUUCUCACAUCCUUCACCUGGAUGGGCUUAGAGUCCAUCCACAUGUACAUCGCCUUGGUCAAGGUCUUCAACACCUACAUACGGCGUUAUAUCCUCAAGUUCUGCAUUGUAGGAUGGGGUGUCCCGGCUGCAAUUGUUGGCAUUGUGUUGGCAGUGGGCAAAAAUUCCUAUGGAAAGCACUAUUAUGGAAAAGGCGAGAAUGGAAAGGGCACGUCAGAAUUCUGUUGGAUUCAUAGUCCAGUGGUAUUCUAUGUGACGUGCGUGGGCUACUUUUCCAUGAUUUUCCUAAUGAAUGUUGCCAUGUUCAUCGUGGUCAUGAUCCAGAUCUGUGGGCGUAAUGGCAAGCGCAGCAACCGGACACUGCGAGAGGAGAUCUUGCGUAACCUGCGCAGUGUGGUCAGCCUGACUUUCUUGCUGGGCAUGACCUGGGGCUUUGCGUUUUUUGCCUGGGGCCCAGUCAACCUGGCCUUCAUGUACCUCUUCUCCAUUUUCAACUCCUUGCAGGGGUUAUUCAUAUUUGUGUUCCACUGUGCUCUGAAAGAAAAUGUACAGAAACAAUGGAGGAGAUACUUAUGCUGUGGAAAGUUCCGUUUGGCAGACAAUUCAGACUGGAGCAAGACUGCCACUAAUAAUACCAAAAAAGUGAGUUCUGAUAACCUGUGCAAGUCUCUCUCGUCCAGCUCUUUUGGCUCCACUACAGCCAAUUGGACUUCUAAAGCCAAAGCCACACUAAACCCCUUUGCUAGGCACAGUAAUGCAGAUAGUACCCUGCAAUAAUGCCAUGGAGAGACUUCCUGAGGUAAAACUUUCUCCAAUCAGAGCAGUGCCAAAUGCAGCCCUUCCGAUGGAGAGGCCUCCUCGUCCAUCCUCCCUGUGCACCAGGUCCUGGACAAGGUGAAGGGCUACUGCUCCGUACGCUCUGACAACUUCUACAAAAACAUCAUUAUGUCAGACAGCUUUAGCCACAGCACUAAGUUCUAGGUUGAAGGGGCUAAGAUGAAGCCCUUCCGUGUCCCAAGACUCACCUUGAGCAAUGGAAAGACAGAAUCGUGUUUAUACACCACCAUAUUGAGCUAACCCUCCCAGCCUCCCUUUCACCCCUUCCCAACCAAAGUAGAGAAAUGUAUAACCCUGUAGAGAGGGCAAGCUAUGAAAGUGUGGAUUUUACAUACUGUGAUAUUCAGCUUAUACUGACUAUGUGAUCUGUAAAUAUUCAUAAUAUAUUUUACUAUUUGUGCUUUGUCUAAUUUCUGUUUUGUAUACUUUCUUUUUUGCACAUUAUUUUGGGUCUUUUGUUGAUAAAAAUGCAUAAAUGCUUGCUACAACAUUUCCUCAACCUCUUUGUAGAGAAAGUGGGACCAUUUCAUGACCAAAGACUGUCAAACAUGAGGAAUAGUCUGCUGUUCCUUUUUUAGGGACUGAAAGAACAAGAACGAUUGGAGCUUGAAUUUUAAUCCUUGUGAAUUUUGCCGUUGUUGUUUUUGUCAGAGUUAGCUUUCCUUAUCCGAAGCAGUCAAGAAUGCAUUUACAGUGUAUAUUAGUGAACCUUUAAUACUUUUAUUUUGUAAUUAUUUAAAUAUUUUUUAGUCUUUACAUGAUCUACUACUGAUUAACGUGUUACAGAAAACUUUGUCGUUUCAAUGUUUCAAUAGUUUUUUUUUUUCAGUGUGUUCAUCUGUUCCAGAAUUCUGCUCUAACCGAAAGGCAGAAGACUGAGAGCAGUCAGGUUAGAAAUUCAUAGUAUAGUAAUUCAACCUUUCAAAAGCCUCUGGUAAGUGACAAUGGAAAACAACAGCUAAAUACCAAAUAUAACCAGUAAAAUCUUUUUAUUGCUGUAGUUUAAUGACAUUGAUAUUUGGACUUGGUAUUUAUUUUAAAGGCUUUUAUGAGAUUUCUAUGCUCCGAUGAAGAUAAUGUCAGCAGAGUAAAUGCUUGCCUAGGGCUAUUCAGUUUGCUCGGGUCUUCAGUGUAGAUCAUCAUUGUAUAGCAUUUAUGGAUGCUUAAUGAAAAGGUGACAUAAUGAACAUUAAAUGCACUUAAGCCA